AUGGUCACAGAUUUCAAAUUUGUGAAUAAAUCUGCUGAUGUUCUCAAAUCAUCUGCUGGAAACUUAUCAUCGUUUUUAAAGAAAGAAGUGAUAAAUCCAUGGAGUGUAUCAUCUGAUUCUGUACAAGUUAUUAAAGAAGAAAAUGUGAUUUUUGAAUAUGCUGGCCAGGAAAAAUACAAUUCCGCGAACCUUUUGGGUGUUGUUGUUCUUUCAAUACUGUUUGGAAUUAUUCUUAGUGGCCUUGGUGAGAAGGGAAAGCCGAUCGUGGACUGGUGUAGUUGUUUGUUCAACGUUGCCAUGAAAACAGUUGAUAUACUUAUAUGGUACGCAUUGAGCUAUCGACCAAUUAGUGAUUUACAAGCUGAAAUAAUUAUACAGUGUGUCUAAAAAAAAGUGAACCCUUUCAAAUUCAAAUGAGCUAUAACGUAUUGUUGUAAUAUAAUUGCUUUGAAUAAAUGACUGGGUAAGAACACAAGGUCUUGUAGUCAUGGGACAAAACUCAAAGAAAUAAAAUUUAUAAAAUAUAAAAGAAAUACAGAAUUCCUUGUGUUCUUACCCAGCCAUUAAUUCAAUUAGAGCUGCCAAAUUACUACAAUACGUUAGAGCUAAUUUGAAUUUGAAAGGGUUCACUUUUUUUUGAGACACCCUGUAGAGCGUUUGUACAUGACGUCACAGCCGCCAUGUUCGUGCUCCAAUUCAAGAGAAUUUUAAUUAGACUCUUUUAAGUUGGUCCCUGGGGAAUGGGUGCAAACGCUCUAUAGGUUAGAGAAUACAUACAGGGAGAGUAAAUUCAUUGCAAUAUGCAUGCAUGAUAAUUAUAUAAAUAAUGCCUAAAUUAAGAAAUGUGACUCUCUCCCUAUGUCAGCGGCUCCAGAUUUGCAAUCGUCACGCUCUUUUAGAAAACAACUUACGAACAAAGUCCUAAAAGCACCAAAGGACAUAAACCAAUCCAGUUUAAUUUUCUUAAACUUUAGGUUUUCGCCCAUUGGUGUCAGCAGUAUAGUUGCCAGCGAAUUAGUGGCAAUGAAAGAUAUUAAAGGCAUAGCAGAAAAUCUUGGACUACUUAUUGGAACAGUGUUCAUUGGAUUAACCGUUUAUGGAUUUUUAAUUCUCCCGGCUAUAUAUGCAAUUUUAUUGAGAAAAAAUCCUUUCCGACUUCUGAAUUGUGUUGCCAAAUCACUGCUUACUGCUCUUGGUACCGCUUCGAGGUGA